AUGAAGUCUGUACGCUUGAUGCAUGCCCUGUGCAGGCGUGUCCAGCACACAUUCCUGGCCAGACGCAGAGAUGUGGAACAGCGACGGCACUAUGCCGAGAAAUGUGACUCGGUGAUCAAAGGCGUUGUGGUGGGCGUGUACGCCAAGAAGGGCGACCGCCAGCCCAAGAUGACACCAUCCGGCGAGAAGUUUGACGAUCGCGUCCAGGGCAAGAUCACUGAUCUAAUACGCGAGACGGGCCUGAGUGCCCAGCUGGGAAAAGGCCGUGUCUUUAUGAACGUGGAUGCGGAGUUCCGUGCGGUGGCCGUGGUAGGCGUGGGACAGGAGGGGGCCGGCUUCAACGACCUGGAGAUGAUCGACGAGGGAAUGGAGAACGCUAGCGUCGCUGCCGACGUGGGGGCUCGUGCCCUUCAACUGCAGGGCUGCACAGAUGUCUUCGUGGAGUCGAUGGACUGUACCGACUCGGAUGCCUGGAUGCGGGGCCUGUUCAAGGCCGAAUCGCAGAACCUGGCCCGUCGCCUGGCCGAUACGCCGGCCAAUCAGAUGACGCCCACAAUCUUCGCCCAGUCAACGGUGGAUGCCCUGUGCCACUGCGGGGUAUCCGUGGAGGUACGCAGCAUGGACUGGAUCGAGUCCAAGAUCUUGAACAGCUUCUUGAUGGUGGCCAAGGGCAGCUGCGAGCCGCCGAUCAUCUUGGAAAUCGCCUACUGCGGCACCGCACCCGAGGACAAGCCCAUCCUCCUGCUGGGCAAGGGCAUCACAUUCAACAGCGGGGGCCUCUGCCUCCGUCCCAAGGACUGCUUGUCCAUGUACCGCGGCUGCAUGUCCGGUGCAGCCGCCUGCGUGGGCGUCAUCCGAGCCGUCGCCGGCCUAUCGCUGCCCCUAAACAUAACGGCACUGCUGCCGCUGUGCGAGAACAUGCCCUCCGGAAUGGCGGCCAAGCCUGGCGACGUGGUGUCCCUCCUCAAUGGCAAAACUCUCGGCUACAAGCCGCGCAUGGUCGUGGACAUUGCUACAGUGGGCUACGCCGUCUGCCCAGCGCUGGGCGGAGCAGCAGCCGGGAUUUUCAGCAAUUCGAACUUCGUCUACAAGCAGUUCGAGAAGGUCGGUCCCCUUACGGGGGAUCGCGUUUGGCGUCUGCCCCUGUGGCGCUACUUCAAGGAGCUGAUCAUGCCGAACGAGACCUUUGACAUCAGCAUCCGCGGACGUGGCCCCGCCUCCAGCUGCAUCGCUGCCGCCGUUCUGCACGAGCUGGUGCCGUGCGUCGACUGGGCCCACCUGGACAUCCGCAACGUGGGCAUGCUGACGCGCUACAAUCCGCUCCCAUAUUUGCUGAAGGACCGCAUGACUGGCCGUCCCACUCGCACCAUCGUUCUGUUUCUGUUUCAGAUGGCUUGCCCCGACGGCAAGUAAUCUGAUUAUGUUCGUUACACAAUUCCUUUGUUAAUGUUCCGCGUUCCAAAUUUGUUGUUAAUUGAAGUACUCCACCACCACCCCACAACAUUUUCACGCAAAUUGCCAAGAGGUGCACACCCCAAGAGGUUACACGAACACAUUUUUAUUAUUGUUCAAUUUUAAUCCAGAGUUUACAAUUGAGCUUCCAUGCUGAUUGAAGGAUGAAAAGAACCACAUAAAAUAUGCAAAAAGGUCGCCAUUUUAUUGUUGAGAUUCAUUAUAAA